CAUACUUUUAAUCCUUGCGGCUACAAACUAACGUAAAUUACACUGGAUAUCCAAUGUAAUUUUUUUCCUACAAGUGAUUGACCCCGUAAGGUUAUAGCCUUCCAAGAACGUCCAAGAUUUGUGCUUGUGAACCAUAAGCCGACGACCCAUUUGAAAAUUGAAAGGCAAUGAACAGAGAUUCACAACAUGGGAAAGCGCUCUUCCUGUCUUCCAUUGGCAUUCAAUUAUCAGAGGAUGGUGGUGCUGAUCCUGAGUCGGAUCCAUCGUUCGCAUCAUCAUCAAGGUCAGCUGAACAUUUGACGAACUUUAGCAGUUUAGCUCCAUAUUUUGACAUUCAGCAAAUAGACUCUGAUGGGAAGGUACAAGAGGUAGAGAAUAAUGUUCGAGAUCUCAUACAAGUAUUGUAUUUUAAGCCCAAUAACCAUUACUUUGCCUAUGUCGUGCUUAAAGUCUAAAUACCCCAGAACUGGUCUCAAGCCCAGAGACCCUGGACAAAGGAGGAGGGUUGUCCGUUAGUAGCAGACAGUCAACACGUAAAAGUUUUCAGAUAAAGAAAUAGAUUAAUUGUUGUUGUCAUCACCAAUACCUUUACUAAUGUUUGGGAAAGUAAUGAACAUUUGCUUAUGGUAAGGCGAGUCCGUUUAUUGGAAUUGAAAUGGUCACAAUCAUGUAAAUGAAUUAUAAAUGAAUACCUGGACAAUUUCUUUUUGUUUCUUUUUCCCCUUAGGGGGGCCCAGGGGGCAAGUAGCAUAUAUUUCCUACCGAAUGUUCGUUAAUAGAAGGCAAGGUGAAUAUGUAUGAAUUUAAUGUUUACCCUCGUAAAAAAAGUUUUUGAACUAACAAUCGUACCAAAGGUCGUUUACAGACACUUUGGGCGCGUAAUAAAACUUGUUUCCCCCUGUAAACAACUAAGAGACCAAUGUUCCCAACACCACUGGUGAAAGAAACAUUCUGAAGCAAUGCGUCCCACAUUUUGAUUAUAUAUACAAAUCAUACCGAGUAAAAACUACAUAUCAGGACAGUUAUGGACACAAAGCCUUUAUUCUUCGUUAGAGCCAAGAAGCACAUAAUGACAUUUGAUUAAGCAUCAUAUCAAUAUCACCGUUCAGUUUCAUAAAUGGCGAAGAUACACCGGUUGACAAAUAUAGACUUUAAAAUGAGUCAAGAGAAGACAUGCAAGGAGGAAGAUUGAUCAAAAUACUCACGGCCUAUUCCACAAUGGAAACAUGGUCCCCUUCUGCCCAUGCAAAUUGAUCCUCUUCUUAAAGCUUAUUUUGGGAAGGGCUCAAAUGCUCGCGAUAACUUCCACAAAAUCAGUAGAACGAUGGAUAGUUAAAUUCGAACAUAUGCAGUGUUCUACAAAAAUCUGAAAACAUUAGGAAAGCCAGAAAAGAGGCAUUUUUUCAAGAAAACUCUGUAAAGGAACCUUCAGAAUGGAAAUUUUUAAGGUGUUGUUCCUGCGAUUUAUAGACGUACCUUUAGAUUCCAACUUCAAUUCCUUGCUUUUGAUUGCAUUUUCCAUCAACAUCUUUCAAGACAAGGAAAUUUUUUAGGAAGUAGUCAAGUGCUUUAUACAGAAGAAAGGGCUUUCUUUUGAAGCUAAAACAAAAGAAACACAACGGGGGCUCUUUCUCAUUGAUGAGAUUUAGAAGAAUCUUUGACGAGGAAACGAUGCCACAUUGAUGGGAUUCCAAAGUAGGAGAACAAGUAUAGGUGGAUAUUAAUUGUGGUUAUGAUUUCCCCCUUCCUAUGUGAGUUCUUUGCUGUCAUUUGUUUCAAAGAAAAUGUUGAGUUGUUUUCUUGACGAAGCCUUUUUCUGAGAAGUCUAGGUUUCUUAGAAAUGGGCUCAUGAGUCUUUAAGACUUACCUUUAAAAUUUUCUCAAAUACUUGAGAGUAAUCUAGCCAAUUCAAGAUGAUGAGUUGUCAUUUUGGAUUAUUGUAAUCUAC